AUGGAUUCGUCAAUUCGUUUUGUAUUCUUUUUGUUGGUAUUUAAGGCAGUGAAUAUAUCCCAAGCUUUUACCCCAUUGCCUCGUUUUGGUCAUAAUACUCACUUAAUAAAUAACAAAAUAUACUAUUUCGGCGGAAAAGAUUUGAAUGGAAAUUUUUCUCGUGACUUUUUUUAUUUGAAUUUACCUCUUACGCCUACUCCGCAAUAUCUUUAUGCCUCGAAUUCGAGUAAAUUACCAGAGUUUUCUUUGCUAAACUACACAGGAGAUUUUGAGGGACAAGGAACUAAAGGAGAUUUUAAAAACACAGUUUAUAAAAUCCGCAUUGACUCGAAUCCAAUUAUCAUUGAACAGCUUGAUAAUACCGCCGCACCAUCACCACGUGAACGAUUAAUUCCAGUUACCGAUAUGCAAGGAAAAAUAUAUUUUUUCGGAGGAUGGGAUGGUGUAGGGAAUGAUAAUACAAUGUAUAUUCUUGAUUCUAAUAAUGCUAAAUGGACAAUGGUGAAAUCAAAUAAUGCACCGGAUAUGAUUUGGAAUUACGCUCCGAUUUUGACAGAUGAUGGAAGAAUUUUAUAUAUUAGUGGAAAUCAUCUUCAUGAAAAAAAAUACGCGUAUAUGCCAUUUAAUUCUAUACCAGUUUUUAACAUUAAUACCAAUGACUGGGAAAGAAUUGAUACGAUAAUAAACGUACCGGUUGGUCGAGCUGCACAUGCUGCGAUACUAGCUGCGGAUAAAAAACGAGUAAUAGUUUACGGAGGAGAAAUAAACCAUACAGAUUACUCGUAA